AUGAGACAGCUUGAGUUGAAGUUGCCCUUCAUUGAUGCCUUGAUGCUCAUUCCGCCUUAUCAGAAAUUUCUGAAGGAUGCUGUUCAGCAAAGAACCAGGGAAGCACAAGGGAUGGUAGUGUUGACCCGCGAGUGCAGUGCAAUCAUUCAGCGGAAGGUCAUCUCCGACAAAAAGGAAGAUCCGGGGAGUUUCACUUUGCCCUGCAUGUUAGGACCCCUAUCUUUCAAAAACAGUCUCUGCGAUCUAGGAUCAUCUGUCAGCCUCAUGCCUUUGUCUGUAGCGAAGAGACUGGGAUAUCACAAGUACCAAGCCUGCGGAAUCUCACUAGUCUUGGCAGAUAGAUCGAUAAGGUUACCAACUGGGAUGCUUGAAGACCUGCCUUUGAGGAUAGGGAAUGUGGAAAUCCCCACAGACUUCAUUGUGCUUGAGAUGGAUGAGGAACCAACAGAUCCAUUGAUUCUAGGAAGGCCAUUCCUAGCUACAGCAAGAGCAAUGAUAGAUGUCUGUGAAGGAACAAUUGAGUUAAACUUGGGAAAGGACCUGAAGAUGAAGUUUGAUAUAAAAGAUACAAUGAGGAAACCAACUAUAGAAGGUCAGCUCUUUUAUGUUGAGGAAAUGGAUCAGUUGGCAGAUGAGCUUCUAGAAGAGUGA